AUGGUCGCGCUGCACACAGAGCUACCGAUCAUUGCCGAUGCGGAUACCGGUUUCGGCGGACCGCUCGACAUUUCUCGCACUGUGCGACUGUAUGAACACGCGGGAAUCGCGGGACUGCACAUCGAAGACCAGGUAAUGGCAGGCUCGCGAUCCAGAUGUGCCUUGAUCUGUAUUGACGCGCAAUCCCAUCAGGUCUUCCCCAAGCGGUGUGGCCAGCUCCAAGGGAAAGAUGUCGUGGCCCUGGAAGUCUUCAUUGAGGGCGUCCGCAGCGCCGUCGAGGCACGCCAGGAUCCGGACUUUGUCAUCAUUGCGCGAACGGAUGCGCGGCAAGCCAAGAGGUUUGGCGGGCCACACGCCGGAUCGGAGGCCUUCCAUGAAGGGAUCAAGCGGCUCAAGGCUGCUGUAGCCGCGGGGGCCGAUAUGGUCUUCAUGGAAUGCCCGCGCACCGAGGACGAGUGUCGGACUCUGGUCAAGGAGAUGGGAGAUGUGCCCGUUCCGAUCAAUGUCCUUCCCAAUGUAAGCAAGUCCGGAUUUGAGGAUACAUCGCGGUAUGCUGACAGAACGGUUAUUAUGGUCUCACUCCCAACUUCAAGAUAUCAGACUGAAUCGGCUGGGCUUUCGCACGGCAAUCUACCCGUGUACCGGAUCCAUUCCGGCGAUGCUAGCUAUGCAACGGUCGUAUGGUGCUCUAAAAGCCACGGAACAGACCUUGAAGCGUGCGAGGGGCACACGAUCAAGGAUUUCUUCGACCAGGUUGGGUUGGGCGAGGCCGGGGAGUUUGACGCUAGAAUUAGCGAGUGUAGCAAGACGCAAACUGGGGAGAAAGGAGCCCAGGAGGGGAGUUGA